AUGUCAAAAACUAGUCUAAGCAAUAAACUUUCCAUUCAAGAUAUUGAUGUUAAGGAUAAACGUGUUUUAAUGAGAGUUGAUUUUAAUGUUCCUUUUCAAGAUGGAAAAAUUACCAAUAAUCAACGAAUCUCAGCAGCUUUACCUACAAUUAAACAUGCUUUAGAUAACAAAGCAAAAGCUGUUAUUUUGAUGUCUCAUCUUGGUAGACCAGAUGGAAAAUCUAAUCCAAAAUAUUCUCUUAAACCUGUCGCUGUUGAACUAAGCAAACUUUUAAACAAGGAUGUUUUGUUUUUAGAUGAUUGUGUUGGCAAAGUAAUUUUAUUGGAGAAUCUUAGAUUUCAUAUUGAAGAAGAAGGUUCAGCAAAAGAUGAUCAAGGAAACAAGAUUAAACCAUCAAAAGAAGAAGUAACAAAAUUUCGUGAAUCAUUAUCAAAACUUGGUGACAUAUAUGUUAAUGAUGCAUUUGGUACAGCCCAUCGGGCUCACAGCUCUAUGGUGGGUGUUAAUUUACCUAUAAGAGCGGCUGGAUUUUUAUUAAAAAAAGAAUUGGAUUUCUUUGGAAAAGCUUUGGAAAACCCUGAAAGACCAUUUUUGGCUAUUCUUGGCGGUGCCAAGGUUUCAGAUAAAAUCAAAUUGAUCGAUAAUUUACUUGAUAAAGUUAAUUCAAUGAUUAUUACUGGUGGAAUGGUUUUUACAUUUAAGAAGACACUCGGAAAUGUUGAAAUUGGCAAAUCUUUGUUCGAUGAAGAUGGAGCUAAAAUUGUGGGACAAAUAGUUGAGAAGGCUAAAAAAAAUAACGUCGAUCUAGUGUUUCCUAUUGAUUAUAUUACUGCUGAUAAAUUUGAUCCAAAUGCUAAUACUGGAUACGCAACAGAUGAAACAGGCAUACCAGAAAAUUGGUUAGGUUUAGAUUCUGGCGAAAAAUCCAAUGAAAUUUUCAGAAAUACAAUUCUCAAAGCCAAAACCAUACUUUGGAAUGGUCCAACUGGUGUGUUUGAAUUCGAAAAAUUUGCAAAUGGUACAAAAUAUGCACUGGAUGCAGUAAUUGAGGCAACAAAAAAUGGUGCUACAACAAUUGUUGGUGGUGGUGAUACUGCUACUGCUGUUGCGAAAUGGAAUUCAGAAGAUAAAAUUUCUCAUGUUUCUACUGGUGGGGGUGCAUCUUUAGAAUUACUAGAAGGCAAAGAAUUACCAGGUGUUACCGCUUUAUCAGAAAAACAAUAA